GCAGUGUCACAAACGUCGAGUUGAAAUUGAAUGAAUUUUUCAAUUUGGGGGUUAUUUAUGUGUCAAUAUUUUUUGCUUCUGUGUCGUUUUUAUUAUAUCCGAUUCGAGCCCGCUUGAAUUCGGGCCCCAAAGUCCUAUUUUUUCUUGAAUCGAAAAGUUUCAUUUUCUCAUAAUCGAUAAUACAAUAUGGCCUCCACUGUGGAUCUCUCAAGAUACGGAGAUUUGUGUAGAUUAUGUGCCACCAAAACAACCCUUAUACUGGGAAUACAUAUUUUCGAAAAUGAGGGAUCUCUCAGGGAAGUCAGGAAAAAAAUUGAAUGCUGUCUUCCACUUCAGAUACAUCAAACAGAUGCUCUACCUAAAAUGAUAUGUGAGAGUUGCUUGUACAAGUUAGAAUUGCUCUUUGAAUUUCGUGAAAGAAGUGUAAGAACAGAGAAACUUCUUCAAGACUUGGUGAAAGAACUCGACAAUGAGAAGAUACAACAAGAAGGGGCAUUGAAUGUUAUCUCAAUGGAUCAUAAUGGUUUAAUUAUGAUUCCAGACCAUCAUCUGAUUGGACAUCAAAUACAAAACGUUCAAAUGGAUUUAUCACAUUUGAAUCAAAGAGAUAGUAUUGUGGUAGAACACAACUUGAUUUUAGCCCAAUCACAUCAAUCGGAUGUUAACUUGGAUCCGAGUAGCCAAAGUUUGGCUAGUUUGGAUUUGAACCAUCAUGAUUUUACCACCCAAGAUUUGUCCAAUCAUAGUUUGCAAGCUCAAGAAGCUUUGCUGAUGAAUAGUGCCAAUACUCAUGAUCUUCAUGAUGCUCAAUUUACUGAAGAGAACCUGGAUAUGAUACAUCAACAAAAUAUUAUGCACCAACAGCACCAAAUAUUACAAGAACAGUAUAGACUUCCUCAUGAGCUGACUGUAGAGAAUAUUACUUUGGAGGAAUUAUCUCAUAGUGAUGCUAUUCAUCAGAUGCAAAGGGAUAAACAUGAAAUGUUCAGUGGAAAUAAAGGCAUUAAUCAAAUGAGUUAUUCGCAUACACGGCAUCAGAAUGUUUCUUCUGAGCAUUGCAAUAUUCAAAUGACUAGUGAUUCUUCAUCUAAUGAUAAUAUCAAGUUAGAAUCUCUUAGCCACCAUGAAGAUAGUAAUAACACUGAAACGCAGCUUCUAAUAGAGAAUGAUCGGUUAAGCAGUGAGGAAGAUAAAAUGUAUCUUCUACAACAGCACAAUGAUUUAUUAGAUAGAAUUAAUGCCAAUACAACAGAAAAUAUAUUUUGUAAUGUUUGUGGUUCUGAUUUUUCAAGCAAAGAGUCUUUCGAAGAGCAUUAUACGUCACAUUUCACGAAAUGCCACAUAUGUUUUGUGGUGUAUACUAGUGAAGACAUGUUGAAUGCUCAUAUAAAGCAAGAGCAUCAAACUGUUAUGAAUGAAAUACACAAAACUUUGCCAAUGGAAGAAAUUAAGCCUAUCAAAACAAGAUUAAAAAGAGCUGUUAAAUCACCCAACAAAGUAGUAGAAACCUGUGAUGAUAACAAUGAAGAUGGUGGUAAUUAUGAUGAUAAUAGAGAAGCAUCAAAUCCGACUCGAGAGGCCGAAGAGGUGAAAAAUGACAUUAAAGAAGGAUUGAAACCAAACAGUGAAGAAAAUAAGUCACAACAGAGAAAAAAAUGGACCCCAAAGGUAUGUAAAGAAUGUGGAAAAGUGUACACUACAAAUUAUAAAUUGAACGAGCAUAUGAGGAAGCACACUGGGGAGAAACCGUACAAGUGUGGUUCAUGUGAGAAAAGUUUUAGAUCGAAAAUUGGACUUGCGCAACAUGAAGCAAAACAUACAGGACAGUACGAGUUUUCAUGUCCUACCUGUGGAAAAGGAUUUCAGUGUCGCAGUUAUCUCAUGGUUCAUCAGAGAGUACACUCUGAUGUUAAACCAUGGCCAUGCUCAACUUGUGGGGCUAAUUUCAAAACUAAACAGUCUCUCUUAGACCAUACUAACCGUCAUCUGGGAGUGAAACCUUUCAUUUGCGACGUUUGUGGCAGAGGUUUCAUAACUAAAGGUUUAUGCAAGGCUCAUCAAAAAAUACACAAUGGUUUGGACAAUAGAAAAUACUCCUGUAAAAUCUGUAAUAAAAUGUUUGUCUCCAAAAGUUAUCUGCAAACCCAUUUGAAAAUUCACACAGGAGAGAAGCCAUAUGCUUGUGAGGUGUGCAAUAAAGGUUUUUUGACAAGGGUCGAUUUGAAGAUACAUUCAACGUUGCAUACUGGGGAAAAAGCCUACGUUUGUGAGAUAUGUGGGAAGGCUUUCGCUAGAAGAGAUGCCUUGAGGUGCCAUAGGAGAUCGCACACAGGGGAAAGACCUUAUAGCUGUGAUAUUUGCGGACAGACGUUCACACAAUUCACCCCAAUGGCCAUACAUAAGAGGUUGCACACAGGUGAAAGACCUUAUUCAUGUGAAGUUUGUAAAAAGACCUUCGUCUCUCGAUCAACGAUGAUGUCUCAUGCCAAAAAACAUGUUACUUAAAAAUGCUUCCUAAAACAAAAUAUAUGUAUAAGACUGUAUAAUUUUAUUGAGAUUUAUUUUUAAUUUUUUACAAAUAAAUGUGAUCGAAAAUUC